GGUAGAAACCCAUUUGCCGCAUCCAAAUUUCUUGGGCCAUCAUUGGCGGUUGAUUGCGUCCAUAAGUAACGGAGGAGAGAACUCAGAAGUUUGAGGAUUGGAGAAACUCCUUCGAUGGCAGGGAUUGGCUGUUGCUGUACAACUCUGUCGUCCACAAGCAAUCUCCACACAUCUUGGUUGAAAUUUGAGACUCGUACUCAUGGUGAAGGAACCAUCUUAGGGCAACCAACCCGUCCUCGUCGGAAUUUCUCAAUCAGAGCAGAAGUGAAUUUUGUAAGUGCAGAAGAAGCAAAAGAACUUAUUGCAGUCGAGGGAUAUACUGUCAUUGAUGUCCGGGACAAAUCUCAGUACGAACGAGCUCAUAUCAAAUCUUGCCAUCAUGUGCCUCUCUUCAUUGAAAACCAAGACAAUGAUUUUGGAACAAUCAUAAAGAGGACUCUCCACAACAAUUUUUCUGGUCUUUUCUAUGGGUUGCCUUUUACCAAACCGAACCCUGAAUUUGUAGAGUCAGUAAAAAACCGGUUCUCACCUGAAAGUAAACUGUUACUGGUGUGUCAGGAAGGAUUGAGGUCUACUGCUGCUGCUGAUAAGUUGGAGCAAGCGGGUUUCGAAAACAUAGCGUGUAUAACUUCGGGUCUUCAAAGCAUAAAACAAGGAGCAUUUGAUUCCGUUGGUUCGACGGAGUUGCAAAAUGCCGGCAAAGCCGGAUUAGUCACUAUUCAGGGAAAGAUCUCGGCUGUACUUGGAACUGUGCUAAUCUGUGCAUAUUUGUUCAUCACCUUCUUCCCCGAUCAAGCAGAGAAGCUACUCGCAAUUUUCACGACCACCUAGCCCGAAAACGAUGCUGACAUUUACAAGAAAGUUUGGCAGAUCUCUCCAACCCCAAGUGAUUCGAGUAAGGAGAGAUUUCUAGGCAUCUGCAACAUCAUAACAUAUCAAGGAAAAGAGGAAGAAAAGCCAGCUUGUAUGAAAUGGAUGUAUAAACUGUACAUUUGUCUCUGUAAAUUGUACUACCCCAACAUUGUAGCGCGUUUUUGCAACAGCAAACCUUGGCUUAAAAAUUCAUUUCAAAGGGAACUUCAAUGGAAAUCCACCGGAGAAAACGAUUCA